AUACAUGCCAAUCAUGAUGAAAAGGAAAAAGAAGUAGUGGAAGAGAAACCUGAAACUGGUGUAGCUCCAGAGUUUGUUCUCACCAUCAAAUCAACCAAGGUAACAGAGGGGCAAACAGCAGACUUCAGCUGCAAGGUAACAGGUGAACCCACCCCAACCCUGCACUGGGUCUACAAUGAUAAGGAACUGGAAGAUGAGGGCCGAUUCAUGAUAUUUGAGGAAGAAGAGCACCAUCACCUGGAGAUUUACGAUGUGGUACCAGAGGAUGCUGGCACCAUCAAGGUCACAGCUGAGAACACAGCUGGGUCGGCUUCCUGCACUGCUACUCUAGAUGUAGAAGAAAAACCCAAAGAUAUACCCACUCCUCCCAAGUUCAUCGUGAACAUUCAGACCACAGAUGCCACAGUGGGGGAGCAGGCCAGUCUGAGGUGUCAGGCCAAAGGAGUGCCCACCCCUACACUGGUCUGGUACAAAGAUGGACGUGAAAUUAGACCUGGAGAUAACAGGUACACUAUCUCCUAUGAUGAAGAUGGUACCACCACCUUAAUGGUGAUAGAAGUGGUGAGAGAUGUGGCUGGUACAUACACCUGUGAGGCCACCAACAAGGCUGGUAAAGAUACCACCACGGGAGACCUUAAUGUACAUGAAGUACCUAUCCAGGAAGUCCCAGAGGAGGAAGUGGAGGAGAUGGUUGCUCCAGUAAUAGUGAAGAAACCUGAUCAGCUUACUGUCAAUGAAAAAGACAGGGCUGAGUUUAUAUGUAAAAUCACUGGCACCCCUGCUCCACAAGUAACUUGGAGCAAAGGAGACGAAGAGCUCACAGACACCAACAAAUACCACAUAGAAGAGUAUGAAGAUGUGUACUGUUUUGAGAUCAACCAAGCUAUAAAAGAAGACACAGGGGAUUAUACUUGUACUGCUAGAAAUCCUGCUGGAGAGGCAACAUGCACCAUCCCCCUUACUGUCAAAGCUGUCCCGAGUGAAGAGCUAGAAGAAGUGCCACCCAAGGUCCCUGAGAAGGAGGAAGAUCUGUCCAAGUCGCCAUUGGUACUCAGACAUGCAGAACAGACCAAAGCUCCAGAGUUCUCUCAGACUUUACAAGAUGUGAUCCUAAUGGAAGGAGAUCAACUUGAGCUGCAGUGUGCAGUGAGUGGUGUACCUAGACCAGAGGUGGCAUGGGACAGGGCUGGCAAGACUCUUGUUCCCACCAAAGUAAUGUCCAUCUCACAUGAAGAGGACAUGUGCACUCUAACCAUCAGUGAGGUCACAGUUGACCAGGCUGGACAGUACACAUGCACAGCAGUCAACUCUGCAGGCAAGGCCAUAUGUACAUCAGAGGUCAGAGUACAGGAGAGACCAGAGGCUCCUGAGUUUGUGCGUCCACUGGAAAAGAGAGUGGUCAAAGAAGGCAAGCAGGUCAAGAUGGACUGUGCUGUGAAGGGAAAACCAACACCAGAGAUCACGUGGUUGCUCAAUGAUACACCCAUUGAAGCUUCCAAGAGGGUUGUCCUUGACAAACGCCUCACUGAUGAAGAGACUGUUCUUACUAUGACAAUUAAUGAGGCAGUCCUGAAGGAUUCUGGGACAGUGUAUGUCACUGCCGUCAACCCUGCUGGAGAAGUGAAGACAUCUGCAGAAUUGAUUGUUGAAGCUGCAGAAAUUGUAAAGAAAGAGGCCCCUAAGAUCACCAGGCAACCAGAGAAUGUUGAGACAUUUGAGUUUAAUACAGUAACAUUUGAGUGUUCAGUUACUGGCAAGCCUGAGCCUGAGGUGAUAUGGUUGAAAGGCAAUACACAGCUAGUGGAAUCUGAUAGAAUACAUAUAACUGCUGAGGAAGGCAAACAUACACUGACCAUGGACAAGGUUACUACUGCUGAUGGAGGAAUUAUUAACGUGAAAGUGUCCAGUCCUGCAGGACAACAGUCUGCCACUGCAAAAUUGAGAGUCACUCCUGUGAAACCAGCAAAGAUCAUUGAGAAACCAAAAGAUACCACAGUGCCCGAACAUGGAACAGCCAAGUUUACCAGCAAAAUUACUGGCACACCAGUACCUACUGUUACUUGGUUCCUAAAUGACCAAGAACUACAGCCCAGUGAGACAGUUCACACUGACUUCAUUAAGAAGGAUAACACUUUUACUCUCACCAUUGACGACUGCAUGCCAGACAAGAUGGGACCAGUGAAAGUUGUGGCCAAGAACAAUGGUGGCGAUGUCUCAGCUGAGUGUAAGCUAACAGUGGAAGGCAGAGCGCCAUCUUUUGUUCAAAAACCCAUCAAGUGCACUGUCAUGGAGGGCAGCACUGCUGUCUUCCGUUGCAGAAUUGAUGGUGAGCCCAUGCCCACUGUGCAGUGGUCUAAAGGAAAAUGGAAGAAGUUUACUCAUGGAGGCAAAGUGAAGGUUUACCGUGAUGAGGAGACUGAUGAACAAGUCUUGGAGAUUGAAAGUAUUACCAGUAAAGAUGCUGGGACAUAUACUGUCACACUAAAGAAUGAUAAGGGAGUUGAAGAGUGCUCAGCUACUCUAAUUGUCACCGAUGACUCAGAGGCUAUGGAAGACUGGAGGGCUCAGCUCAAACAUAUCUCAACUGAGGAAGUCACUGGUCCAGAAGUGGAGGAAAUAGACUGGCAAGUCCAGCUCAAACCUACUCAAUCUCCAGAAGAACAGGGUGCUGAGGACGAGGGUGUGACAGUGCCCCUUCGCCAUGUCUCAUCAGAGGAGAAAGAGGAAGAGGAGGAGGAGAAGGAAAAGCCAGAGGAGGUUGAAUACAAACCUGAAGACAUCACAGUUCAGCUUCCUGAGCGUGAGAAAGUGGAGUUGGAGCCAAUGCCAGAGAAGGUAAAGCCAGAGAAAGCUCCCUCUGAACCAAAGGAGGAGGAGAAGGAAAAAUAUGAGAGGAAACCCAAAGAGGUCACAACUCAGGAAGAAGAGGCAAUCACUCUAGAAAUUCCUAAAGUCACGUGGGAAUUCAUUAAGGAACUGGAAGAUGUCACUGUCAAAGAGAAGGGGGUGGCUCAGUUUGAAUGUGCGGUCACAGUUCAAAAUGCUGCAGUCCAGUGGUACAUUGAUGAUAAUGAGGUAGCCCGUAGCCCCAAGUUUGAAGUCCAGGUGGAUGGCCAGACACACAAGUUGACCAUCAGUAAUGUUCGGCCACAGGACAGUGGACAGGUCACCUGCAAGUUUGGGGACCUUGUUUCCAGGGCUAACCUGGUGGUAGAAGAAGUCCCAGCUGAAUUCAUUACCACACUUCCAGAAGAAAGUGAGGUUACUGAAGGUCAACAUUUGACCUUGACCUGCGACAUCAGCAAGGAAGAUGCAGAGGUCACUUGGUUCAGGGACAAAGAAGAAAUUAAACCCACUGAAAAGAUUGAGAUCAGGAAAGAAGGCACAAAACAUGCUCUUGUGGUACAUGACAUGUCAGUAGAUGACGAGGCUCAGUACACUGUCAAAGUCGGUGAUCAGGAAAGCACUUCUGCUGUGUUUGUCCAUGAGCUUCCUGCCGAGUUCAGUGCUCCCCUCCAGGACACCACAGUCCAGGAGACUGGUGAAGUCACCCUUGAAGUUGAACUAUCCAAGGAGGAUGCCAGUGCCACCUGGGUGUUGGAUGGAGAAGAAGUACAGCCAGAUGAGAGGCACACUAUUGAGGCUGAUGGAAAAAUACGAAGACUUAGUAUCAUAGAUGUUGUACCUGAAGAUGCAGGUUCAUAUGCUCUCAAAGUUGGAGAUAAGACCACAACUGCCCAGCUUUUUGUGGAAGAGAUCCCAGCAGAAAUUACUCAACCUCUCAAAGACUUAACUGCAAAGGAAUCUGCAGUAAUAAAGUUGGAGGCUGAAGUAUCAAAGGAAACUGCUGAAGUCAAGUGGCUUAAAGAUGGAGUUGAAAUUCAGGUUGAUGAAAGGCAUGAUGUGGAAGCUGAAGGGAAGAUUCGUAGGUUAAGCAUCAGAGAUGUUCGUUCAGAUGAUGAAGCAGAGUAUACUUUGAAAGUUGGUGACAAGGAAUCAACAGCCAAAGUUUCAGUUGAAGAAAUUCCAGUGGAAAUCACGCAACCCCUCAAAGACAUAUCUGCCAAAGAAUCUGCAAACAUCACACUACAAGCUGAAGUAUCCAAAGACACUGCUGAAGUCAAGUGGCUGAAAGAUGGGAUUGAAAUUCAGUUGGAUGAAAGGCAUGAUGUUGAAGCUGAAGGCAAGAUCCGUAGAUUAAGCAUCAAAGAUGUUAAGUCAGAUGAUGAAGCAGAAUAUACCCUGAAAGUGGGAGACAAAGAAUCCACUGCCAAAGUUUCAGUUGAAGAAAUCCCAAUUGAAAUCACACAACUUCUCAAAGACAUAUCUACCAAAGAAUCUGCAGACAUCACCUUACAGGCUGAGGUUUCCAAAGAAACAGCUGAGGUUAAAUGGCUAAAAGAUGGGGUUGAAAUCAAAGUGGAUGAAAGGCAUGAUGUUGAAGCCGAAGGCAAGAUUCGUAGGUUGAGUAUCAGAGAUGUCCAGUCGGAUGAUGAGGCUGAAUACACUUUGAAAGUUGGUGAUAAAGAAUCAAAAGCCAAACUCUCAGUUGAAGAAAUCCCAGUUGAAAUCAUUCAACCCCUUCAAGAUAUAACUGCAACAGAAAAAGCAGAACUUACUCUUGUGACAGAAGUCUCGAAGGAAAAAGCAGAAGGUACAUGGUUAAAAGAUGGUGUUUUGAUAAAAGCAGACAAAAAACUUGACAUCACAGCUGAAGGAACAGUACGCAAACUUAGCAUCCAUGAUGUUCAACCUGAAGAUGCUGCUGUGUAUACAUUUAAGGUGGAUGACAAGACAGAAACUUCUGCAUCUGUUUCAGUCGAAGAACUACCUGCUGAGUUCAAAGUACCAUUAAAGGAUACAACUGCCAAAGAGAAAGAAGACUUAACUCUUGAGGUAGAACUAACCAAGGAUGAUGUUGAUGCAACAUGGUUCAUUGGAGAUGCCGAAAUCAAACCUGAUGACAGACAUGACAUUGAAGUGGAUGGUAAAUUCCGUAGGCUUAAGAUCCAUGAUGCCAAAACAGAUGACAGUGCUAGAUAUAGCCUUAAAGUUGGUGACAAGGCAUCAACUGCUACGCUGUUAGUGGAAGAAAUUCCAGUGGAAUUCACAAAGCCAUUGAAAGACAAGAGAAUUAAAGAAAAGGAAGAUGUUACUCUUGAAACCACUGUCUCUAAAGAUGAUGUUCAAGUAACCUGGUUGAUAGGUGGUGAAGAGAUCAAACCAGAUGAGUGCCACGACAUUGAAGUUGAUGGAAAAGUGCACAGGUUGAAGAUACAUAGAGUCAAACCUGAAGAUGCUACUGAUUACACAGUCAAGGUUGGAGACAGACAGACAACAGCUAAACUCAGUGUCGAUGUUAUUCCAUUAAAAUUCACUGUGCCUUUGAAAGACAAAUCAGUCAAGGAAAAGGAAGAUAUUACAUUGGAGGUUGAAUUAUCUAGAGAUGAUGUUGAUGUCACUUGGUUGCUAGAUAAGGAUGAAAUUCAGCCUGAUGAAAGACAUAACAUUGAGGUUGAUGGCACUAUAAGAAGGUUGACAAUUCACGAUGCCAAGCCUGAAGAUUCUGCCAGGUACACGGUGAAAGCCAAAGAUAAAUCGACCUCAGCUAGGCUGAAAGUUGAGGAAAUCCCAGUCAAAUUCACAGUGCCAUUAAAAGAUCAAACAGUGAAGGAGAAGAGUGAAGUCACUUUGGAAGUUGAGAUAUCCAGGGAUGAUUUGGAAGUUUCAUGGUUAAUGGACAAUAAGAAGAUCGAACCUGAUGAAAGACAUGAAAUCUUUGCUGAUGGUGCUAAACACAAACUGGUCAUUCAUGAUGCCAAGCCACAGGACUCUGCUAAAUACACAGUCAAGGCAAAAGACAAGUCUACCUCUGCUAGGCUCAAAGUUGAAGAAAUACCAUUCAAAUUUAAUGUUCCUCUCAAGGACAAAACUGCCAAAGAAAAGGAGGAUGUUACUCUGGAAGUUGAGAUGUCUAGGGAUGAUGUGGAAGUGACAUGGCUUAUGGACAACAAGAAAAUAGAGCCAAGUGAACGACAUGAGAUUGUAGUUGAUGGCAAAAUAAGCAGACUCAUCAUUCAUGAUGCCAUACCUCAAGAUUCAGCCAAGUACACUGUAAAAACUAAGGACAAAAUGACUAAUGCCAGGCUCAAAGUGGAAGAAAUUCCUCUUAAAUUUACCACUCCCCUGAAAGACAAGACAGUCAGUGAGAAAGAAGAUGUUACCUUGGAAGCUGAAUUAUCAAGAGAUGAUGUCGAGGUCACCUGGUUAAUUGACAAUAAAAAGGUUGUUCCUGAUGAGAGACAUGAUAUAGAGGUUGAUGGCACAGUACACAGACUUAUCAUCCAUGGUGCAAAACCAGAAGACUCUGCCAAAUAUACUGUCAAAGCCAAGGACAAGGCUACUACAGCUAAACUGAAAGUAGAAGAAAUUCCUCUAACGUUCACAGUUCCUCUCAAAGACAAGACUGUCCAAGAAGGGGAAGAUGUGACAUUGGCAGUAGAGCUCUCUAGAGAUGAUGUAGAAGUCACAUGGCUCAUUGACAAUAAGCAGAUAAAACCAGAUGACAGGCAUGAUAUUUCUGCAGAAGGCAAAAUCCGAAAGCUUGUCGUACAUGGAGUCCAACCUCAGGACUCGGCCAAGUACACUGUCAAAGCAAAAGACAAAUCUACCUCAGCCAAAAUCAAAGUUGAACAACUUGAAGUGGAGUUCACACAACCUUUGAAGGACCUCACUGCCAAAGAAAAUGAAGAAGUCACAUUUGAAUGCAAGGUUUCCCAGGAAAACCUUGAUGCUGCCUGGUACUUUGGUGAUGUGAAACUCAAAUCAGAUGAAAAGCAUGACAUCACUGUAGAGGGAACAAUACAUAAGAUGAAAAUCAAAGAUGUCUCAUCUGAUGAUUCUGCCUCAUACACAAUCAAAAUAGCCGACAAAUCUAGCUCAGCUAAACUGUCAGUUGAAGAAAUUGAGGUGGAAUUUGUUGUACCAUUGAAAGAUACCACUACCAAAGAACAGACAAGUGUGACAUUUGAAUGUGAGCUCAAUAAACCAGUGGAUGUUACCUGGCUUGUGGAUGGGACCGAAAUUACCUCAAAUGAGAAGUAUGACAUAACUGUUGAGGGCAAAGUGCAUAGAUUGACCAUACACGGUCCUUCCAUAACAGAUGCUGUUGAGUAUACAGUGAAAGCAGGGAACAAAACCAGCACAGCCAGGCUGACUGUAGAAGAAAUCGAUGCAGAAUUCACAGUUCGCCUGAAGGACCAACAUGUAAAAGAGUCUGAAACUGUGACGUUUGAAUGUACAGUCAACAAACCAAAUGUACCAGUUGCAUGGUAUAUGGGAGACAUUGAUUUGACAUCAAAUGAGAAAUAUGAGAUUACAGUUGAUGGGAAUGUACAUCGCUUGACAAUCCAUGAUGCCCAGCCCGAUGAUGCUGCCAUCUUUACUGCAAAACUACCCAAAGAAAGGUGCUCUGCGAAACUGAAAGUAGAAGAAAUUGCUGCUGAGUUUACUGUUGGUCUUCAGGAUACCAAGGUCUUGGAGAAAGAAACAGUAGAAUUCACAUGCAAACUGUCCAAACCCACCCCAGUACAUUGGGAGAAAAAGGGCAAAGAAAUCCAAGAUGGUGGCAGGUAUCAGAUCAGCGCAGAAGGUGUUGAUGUAAAUCUGACUAUAACUGAUGCACAGUUGGAUGAUACUGCUCAGUACAGCUGUGUGCUGCCAUCUGGAGACAAAACCACAGCCAAACUUACAGUGAAAGAAGCACCAUUUGAAAUCAUGAAGCCCUUGUCAGAUGUCACAUCUCCAGUCAGAGGCACAGUUACCUUUGAAUGUGAGGUCAACAAACCAGACAAGACAGCAAGGUGGCAGAAAAAUGGACGAGCUAUCAAGCAUGGUGGCAAGUUUGCUAUUAGUGUGGAUGGAACUACACACACUCUGACAAUACAAGAUGUCUCCUUGGAGGAGGAAGCAGAAUACACAGUCAUCAUAGAAGAUAAGAAAUCUUCAGCCAAACUUUUCGUAGAAGAAAUAGCAGUAGAAUUCACAAAAGAGCUAGAGGAUACAACGGUUACUGAAAUACCUGGCUCUGCAGAAUUUGAGUGCGAGCUCAACCAACCAGAUGUCCCCAUCCAGUGGCUGCAAGGUGACAAACCUCUGAGACCCAGUGACAAACACAAGAUGGUCUCCGAGGGCCCUGUCCAUAAGCUGCUGGUCAAGGAGGUGGAUGAUGAAGAUGAUGGGGAUUACUCUGUGGUAGCCAAAGACAAGAAAUCAACUGCUAAGUUGUCUGUAGAAGUUCCUCCGCAAGCCUUCCUUGAUGAGAAGUUCCAAGAUGUCUUCACCAUCAAGGCAGGUAAAUCUGCAAUUUUCGAAGUUCCAUUCACUGGUGCUCCACAACCCUCUGUUAACUGGACAUUCCAACAGGGGGCGCUUGAACCAGCCAGGAUGAAGGUGGAGACCAUCCGUAACAUGACAUGCUUGACGGUCAACAGGGCGAUAAGACAAGAUGCUGGAAACUAUGAACUUACCCUGGAGAAUCCAUUUGGAAAGUCCACUGUCACUAUCAGGCUAAAUGUACUAGACAAACCAUCCCCACCACGUGAGCUGACAGUCGCAGAUGUCACCAGCAGCUCUGUCACUCUCACCUGGGAAGAACCUGAGGACAAUGGUGGAAGUGACAUCACUGGGUACAUCAUAGAGAAACGUGAUGCUAAACGUCAGUCAUGGCAAAAAGUCGAUGUUGUCAAGAAACGAGAGCUUGAAGUCACUAAUUUGAUCGAGGGUAGUCAACUUUACUUCCGUGUAAUGGCACAGAAUGACCAAGGUGUCAGUGAGCCAGUGACUCUCAAAGAACCAGUACUAAUCAAAUGCCCAUAUGACAAGCCAGGUAAACCAGGCACUCCUCAAUGCACAGACAUCACCAAAAAUUCAGUGACUCUCAACUGGAGUCCCCCACAGUCUGAUGGAGGCAGCCCCAUUACCAGCUAUGUUGUGGAAUACAAGGGUGCUGGAGUGUUCAAGUGGACCACAGCAAAUACAGAACCUGUCCCUGAUACUUCAUACACAGUGACCAGACUGAGCGAGGGGAAAGACUAUCAGUUCAGGAUCAGUGCAGAGAAUAAGGCUGGCAUUGGUCCCCCAUCUGAUGCCACAGAUACCAUUAAUAUUAAGGAGCCAGUUGUUGGCACACCUCCAGUCCUGGUGGAGGGUAUGCAUGACGUGACUGCAGUGGUACCUGAGGAAGCUCUACUGGAGGCAGAUAUUGCCCCUGGUGAACCUGAAGCUGAGAUUAGAUGGUUCAAAGAUGGCAAGCAGAUUGCUCCCAGCAAGAAAUAUGAGAUGAACUAUGUGGAUGAAGUGGCUGAGCUAGUCAUUAAGGAGACCAGUACUGGAGAUGCUGGAAAGUACAGAUGUGAAGCAAGCAAUGCCAUUGGAAAGGUGGACACUGAAGCCUCUCUGACCGUACAUGUGGCCCCUCACAUCACCUAUGACAACAAGUACCAAGGGCCUCAGACCCUGAAAUCUGGAUCCACACUCAGCCUGAAGGUGGAAGUGAGUGGCACCCCCACCCCUACUAUCUCUUGGCUUCUGGAUGGGGAGCCCAUGGAGAAAUCAGCAGCUGUUGCCAUAGAAACUACUGAUACCACAUCUGGCCUCCGUGUGAAAAAUGUUGUUGCAGAUGAUUCUGGGAAGUACAGGGUGGUCGCAGAGAAUGUUGUUGGUCAAGCAACUGCUGACUUUGAAGUAAUCAUUCAAGGCAAACCAUCCCCACCGAAAAACCUUGAAGUGACAGAUUACAAUAAAGACUCCAUCACAGUGAACUGGCAACCCCCAGAGAAUGAUGGUGGUUCACCUAUCAAAACCUACAUCAUUGAAAGAAAAGAAACCAGGAAGACUUCAUGGACAAAUGCUGGAAAGGUUGAUGGAAAUACCUUGACCUUCACCCUUACGAGGUUACUUGAAGGUCAGGAGUACACUGUACGAGUUUCAGCAGAGAAUGCAAUUGGUGUCAGUGAACCUGUAGAGUUAACACAACCUGUUACAGCUAAACUGCCUUAUGAUGUCCCUGGCACUCCUACAAAUCUCCAGGCAAUGGAGGUAGACAAGAACCUGAUUGCCCUCCAGUGGCAGGCUCCAGAGUCAGACGGUGGCUCCCCCAUAACUAGCUAUGUCAUUGAGCGCCAAAUGGGCACCAGGACGACCUGGACCAAGGUUAACAAAGAGAACACCCUGGAGACCACAUUCAAAGUUCAUGACGUCAUAGAGGGCACUGAGUAUAAUUUCAGGGUGUCUGCUGAGAACAAAGCUGGAGUAGGGAAGCCAUCCAACACCACUGGCAAAAUCAAGGCAGUGACACCAAAAGUUGCUGUUGAGUUUACAACUCCACUGUCAGAAGUCACAGUCAAGUCAGGAGAGACAGCCACCUUACAGUGUGAGGUCAACAAACCAAAUAUGGAUGCCAAGUGGCUCAAAGAUGGCAGGCCAAUCAAAAGUGGUGGCAGGUUUAAAAUCAUUGUAGAUGGCACAGUACACAGUCUGGUGAUUGCUAGUGCAGAACAGGCAGAUGAAGCACAGUAUUCUGUGAAGAUUGACGACAAAACAUCAGCUGCUCUGCUUUCAGUUGAAGAAGAGAAGAUAGAUUUCAUCAGAACCCUUGAGGAUGUGACAGUAAAAGAGAUCCCAGGAACUGCUGUCUUUGAAUGUGAACUGACUACCUCCACCCAAGUACAGUGGAUGCAUGAUAACAAACCCAUCACACCAUCAAAGAAGUACAGCAUAAGUGUAGAUGGCACCACUGUCCACAAAUUGACCAUUAAUGAAGCAGAUGAUGAGGAUGAGGGAGAGUAUAGCAUUGCAAUCAAGGGCAAGAAAUCAACUGCUAACUUACACGUGCAAGCUCCCCCACUGAUCAGGGUGGAUAAAUCACUUGAAGAGACAGUGACACUAAAGGCAGGGUCAUCUAAAGUAUUUGAGAUCCCAUUCACUGGCCAUCCCCAGCCAAAGGUCAGCUGGGCAUUCAAUGAUGGACCCUUGCCUGAUGAGAAAAGGUUCAAAGUGGAGACAAUCCGCAACAUGACUUGCCUAAGAGUGACGAAGAUCCAGAGGAAGGAGACAGGCAGAUACGCUGUCACCUUGGACAACCCCAGUGGAAAGACUGACAUCACCAUCAAUGUGAAUGUACUAGACAAACCCUCACCUCCCAGGGACCUCAAAGCAGCAGAGGUGUCCAGUCAAGAGGUCACUCUGAAGUGGACAGAACCAGAGGACAAUGGAGGAUGUGAUAUCACAAGCUACCUCAUGGAGAUGAAGGAAGUGACCAUGAGGGCAUGGAAAGAUGCUGGGCAGACUCCAGACCUGGAGCUCACUGUCCCUAGGCUGAAGAAAGACACCAAGUACACUUUCCAAGUCCGUGCUAAGAAUGAAUGUGGUGUCAGUGAACCUGUUGAAAUCAAACAACCUGUGCUGGCCAAGGAUCUGUUUGUAAAACCAGGCAAACCUGGCAAGCCAGAGGUCAGCGACAUCACAAAAUCUUCUGUGACCUUGACCUGGACUGAGCCUGAGGAUGAUGGUGGUGCACCAAUCAGCAACUAUGUCAUUGAAUACAAAAUGAAGAGCAGUGUCAGGUGGACCAAAGUACCAGAAAAGGUGUCAGAUACCACUCACACAGUAACAGGGCUCAAGGAAGACUCAGAAUAUGAAUUCCGUGUCUCUGCUGAAAACAAAGCUGGUGUUGGAGAGCCAUCACCAGUGUCUGAACCUGUCAUCGUCAAGGAACCUGUUGUUGGCACAGCUCCAGAACUUCUCAGCCCAAUGUCUGAUGUGACAGCAGUGAUGCCUGAAAAGGCUGCUCUGUCAUGUGACAUUUCACUUGGAGAACCAGAGGCUGAAAUUACAUGGUUUAAGGACAACAAAGAGAUCAAAUCAGGGAAGAAGUAUGAAAUCAGCUAUGCUGAGGAAGUGGCUGCACUGGUCAUCCUGGAGACAGACCUCAAGGACAGUGGGCAGUACAGGUGUGAGGUAGCCAAUAAGAUAGGGAAAGUGACCACACAGGCUAAAUUGACAGUACAAGCUAAACCAGAGUUGAAGUAUGACAAAUCACAACUGUCUAAGAGUCUACAAGAAGGGGAGACCCUCACUUUGAGAGUGGAGUUCUCUGGAGAACCCAAACCCCAGAUUUCUUGGUUAUUAGAUGGUGAACCAGCAGACAGUGUGACAGUCAAAACCACAGAUACUAUGUCCACUGUAACAGUGAAGAAGGUCAAGGCUGAAGAUGCUGGUCAGUACACUGUUGUGGCAGAGAACCCCGCAGGAAAAGAAGAGGUUAACUUUGAAGUCAAUAUUUCAGGCAAACCCUCUAAACCCAAAGACUUAGAGGUAACAAGUUAUAACAAGGAUAGCAUCUCAGUUGCCUGGCAACCACCAACUGAUGAUGGAGGCUCCCCUAUAACAAACUACAUCAUUGAGCGCAGGGAUGCCAACCGAGCUACAUGGACCAAUGCUGGUACUGUAGAUGGCAGCACCUGUAUUUUUACAGUUGGAAAACUGGUGGAGGGUAAUCAGUACUAUGUUAGAGUAUCAGCCAAGAACAAAAUUGGCACUGGAGAGCCUGUGGAGCUCAUGGAACCAGUGACUGCCAAAUUACCAUUUGAUGUACCAGAUGCACCUACUGACCUUACUGCCAAAGAUAUCAGCACGAAGGAACUCACUCUCGAGUGGAAAGCACCAGAAAAAGAUGGUGGUUCACCCAUCACUGGAUACAUCAUAGAGUGCAGGCAGGCUCGAAGUUCUCGUUGGGUUAAAGUGAACAAAAUGCCAGUCACAAAGACAACAUACAAGGUGACAGAUCUGAUUGAGAACAAUGAGUACGAGUACCGUGUCUGUGCAGAAAAUGCAGCAGGUCUUAGCAAACCAUCUGAAACUACAGGCAACAUUGUUGCCAAGGUGCCAUUUGUUCCAAUUAAAUUUGUCACACCUCUCACUGGACAGUCAGUGAAAGAGGGCGAAACUGUCACCAUGGAAUGUGAGAUCAAUAAACCCAACCAGAAACCACAGUGGCUUAAGAAUGACACACCUAUCACCCCAAGUGACCGCUACACCAUGAAAUCUGAUGGAAAUAAACACAAACUGACCAUCACUGAUGUCCAGCCUGAUGAUGCUGGUAACUUUACUAUUAAAGUGGAGGACCAGACAUCUGAUGCUACUCUCGAGGUUGAGGCUGAGGACUUUGAAUUUGUGGUGCCCCUGAAGGACAUAACUGUCAAACAGAUCCCAGGAGUUGCAGUGUUUGAAUGUGAAAUCUCCAGACCUGUGGACAUAGCAUGGCUAAGAGGAGGGAAGAUUGUCACCCCAUCUGAGAAAUAUAAGAUUGAGAAGGAUAGUAAGAGAGUUAAGCAUACUCUCACCAUCAAAGAUGUGGAUGGAGAGGAUGAGGGAGAGUAUGCUCUGUCUGCAAGAGGAAGACAGUCAAAAGCGACCCUUACAGUGGCAGCUCAACCUGUUAUCCUGUCUGAGGAGUCCUAUGAGGAGGCAAUCACCCUGAAAACAGGAGCCUCUGCAGUGUUUGAGAUCCCCUUCUCUGGCAACCCUCAACCCACAGUUACCUGGACUUUCAAUGGUGCCUCACUAACUAAGCCAGCCAAGGAGGAAACCAUCAGGAAUAUGACAGCACUCACCCUGACCAAGGUGAAAAGAUCAGACUCCGGGGAGUACAUGCUGAAGUUGGAAAAUGCCAGUGGGAAAGCAAGCAUAACUAUCAAGGUGGUGGUGUUGGACAAACCAGGUCCUAUCCAUGACCUGACUUCUCCAGAGGCCACAUCAAAUUCCAUCUCCUUGAAAUGGGCUGAGCCUGAAGACGAUGGAGGAAGCAACAUCAUCAGAUACAUCAUUGAAAAACGUGAACAAACUCGUAGAACAUGGCAGCCAGCUGGAUCCUCAACAGAGACCGAGUUCACUGUCACUAAUCUGGUUGAGAACAACAAAUAUGUCUUCAAGGUCAGUGCGGAAAAUGCACAAGGGACUGGACCAGCAGUUGAAAUAGCACAGGCUGUAUUAGCAAAGAGUUCUUUCGUUGUCCCUAGUGCGCCAGCAGCUCCAACCAUCUCAGACAUCUUUAAAGAUUCAGCAGUUGUCUCAUGGCAACCACCUAGCAAAGAUGGUGGCUCUCCAGUCAUUGGUUAUCUCCUUGAACGCUGUGCCGCACCAGGUGUCAGGUGGAUUAGAGUAGUCCAUGAUGCCAUUGAGGAGACAACUUUCAAGGCCACAGACCUGAUGGAGGGCAGUGAAUACCAGUACCGAGUCAUAGCAGUCAACAAAGCAGGAGAGAGCAAGCCAAGCGAGGGGUCUUCACCUUUCAAAGCCAAGGACCCAUGGGACAAACCAGGUAAACCUGGCUCCCCAGAGGUUGAAGAAAUCACAUCUUCAACUGUCACCCUGUCAUGGUCACCACCAAGCAAUGAUGGCGGCAGCCCAAUCCUGAACUACAUUGUUGAAUACAAAGCCACCGAGGCUUUCCGUUGGCUGAAAGCCACAGAGGAGACCGUGGCAGAAACCAAAUUGGUUGUGGAGAAGCUGAGAGAUGGAGAUAGCUAUGAGUUUAGAGUUAGUGCUGAGAACAAAGCAGGGACAGGACCACCAUCUGAAGUGUCCCGUGCUGUGACUGUCCGAGAGCCUAUCAGUGGGGAAGCACCUGAACUGGUGGAAAAAAUAACAGACAUGGCUGUAAUUUCCCCUGAGCCAGCCACCCUGAAGUGUAAGAUCUCACCAGGAGAGCCUGAGCCUGAAAUCAAGUGGUUUAAGGAGGGCAAGGAACUCCAGACAGAUGGAAAAUACAAGACUGAGUAUAAGAACAACACUGCCACCCUGGUUAUAAAUGAUACUGAACCUGCUGAUGCUGGGAAGUACAAGUGUGUGGCCACCAAUGCCUUGGGCAAAGUGGAGAGUGUUGGAGAACUCAGGGUACAAGUGCCUCCCAAACUAGAGUAUGACAACAAAUUGCGUGAACCUCUGAAGGUGAAGGAAGGAGGAUCAGCCACGCUUUCAGUGGACAUAGAUGGCGUUCCAGAACCCAAGAUCACAUGGUUACACGAUGGCAAACCAGUGGAGAAGUCUCACAGACUUACAGUACAGACAAGAGAUGGAACAUCAACAUUAAAUCUCAAAGGACUGACAAAAGAAGAUGGCGGAAAAUAUUCUGUUGUUGUAGAAAAUGACGUGGGCAAAGACACAGCAGACUUUGAGGUCAUUAUUACAGGAAAACCCUCUGCUCCUACAAAUCUUCAAGUGAAAGAAACCAAUAAGAAUUACAUCACUGUCACCUGGCAACCACCAGAAAGCGAUGGUGGCUCCCCUAUCAAAGAGUACAUAAUCGAAAGAAGAGAUGCCUCCAGACAAACUUGGACACAGGCAGGAACUGUAGGUGGCAGCACAUUUGAAUUCAUGAUUACCAAACUACUGGAAGGCAACAAGUAUUACAUCCGUGUAUCUGCCAGUAACCAACUGGGCACUGGGCCCCCAGCAGAGCUCAAGGAACCAGUCACAGCUAAGGUUCCAUUCGAUGUACCAGGACCCCCAGUAAACCUUGAAGUGUUUGAAGUGAGCAAGUCACACAUAACCCUUGCAUGGGAUGCCCCAGAGAAUGACGGGGGUGCUGACGUCAAAGGUUACGUCAUUGAGCGUCGUGUGGCAACCAGUACUAAAUGGAUCAGAAUCAAUAGAAAGCUGGUUGACGAUAUAGAAUAUGACAUCACUGAUGUCAGGGAAGGUGUGGAGUAUUGUUUGAGGGUGUUGGCAGAGAAUGAGGCUGGGCUGAGUCAGCCCUCUGAGGAGCUGGGACCAGUGCUGGUCAAAGAGCCAUUCGAUCCCCCAGAUGCUCCAGCUGCACCUGAGGUGACUGACAUCACAAAACGUACAGCAACACUGAAGUGGUCAACCCCGGAAAAAGAUGGUGGCAGCCCUGUGACAGGGUACGACAUCGAGGUCAAAUCUACUGUGAAGUUCCGCUGGACCAGCCUUAACUUGAAGGAACCAGACACAGUGUACACAGUGAAAGAUCUGCAGCCAGGAGAGAAGUAUGAGUUCAGAGUAGUUGCUGAAAACAAAGCUGGCCGCAGUCAGCCAUCAUCACCUUCAAGACAGAUUGUGGCUGAGGACAGAACAACUGGAGAGGCUCCUAGAGUUGUGGAACAAUUGAAGGAUGUUGCCGCAGCUGUUGGAGGGACAACUAAACUGGAGUGUCAGAUAUUUGGAUCUCCAGAACCUCAAGUUAAAUGGAAAAAGAACAACAGAGAACUGUUACCAGGCAGGAAAGUGGCCAUGAGCUAUGUGGACAGUGUGGCCACAUUGACCAUACUGGACACCACAGACUCUGAUGCUGGGAAGUAUAUAUGUGAGGCGUCUAACACUUUGGCUUUGGUAUCAACAUCAUGUGCAGUCUCAGUGAAUGUUCCACCAACAAUCAAUCUUGACCGCAAAUUGCGCGAUGGUCAGUCCAUUAAGACCGGUGGCAGCCUCAAGAUGUCUGCCAACAUUGGUGGCUCCCCAGUACCUGAAGUGGUUUGGCUCAAAGAUGGUGAACCAGUUGUUCCAGAUGGCAGAGUAGUGAUAGAGAACACUGACUCCACGUCAUCUCUGACCAUAAGAAAAGCCAAGUUGGAUGAUGAUGGUGAAUAUACCCUUCAGCUGAAGAGCCCAGCUGGGGAAGCCUCUGCUACUAUCGAUGUAGAGGUGGUUGAUAAACCCCAAGCUCCAGCUGACUUCAAAGUGACCAACGUGUCCAAGGACUCUGUAAGCCUAGAGUGGACCAAGCCUAAAGAUGAUGGUGGUAAAGAGGUGACAUCGUAUAUCAUUGAGAGAAGAGAUGCCAAGAGACCAUCGUGGAUGAAGGUUACAAGUGUCCCAGCCUCCAAGUUCAGUUACACUAUCCCUAACUUGAUCGAAGGCAAUGAGUACUUCUUCCGUGUGUCAGCAGUCAAUGACAUAGGCACUGGAGAACCUGCCGAACUGGACUUGCCUGUACUGGUCAAGAGUGCAUUUGAAAAACCAAGCACUCCCAAGGGCCCUCUGGUCCUGAAGGAACCUCACCCAGGACUCAGUUACACUACAGUGGCAGCCAGCAGAUGGCACUGUUCUGAAAUAUGUGGUAGAAAAACGAGACUCCAGGCGCUACAGUUGGUCAGAAGUUGAUGAAGUGCCUCCUGAAACCACUGAG